AUGACUGGCAAUAUGGAAUACUUAACUUUCUUCAAUGGACACAAAAUGCCCAUUCUAGGGCUUGGAACAGCACAUGCACUGGGAGAUGAUAUAGAGAAGGCGAUAGAUGCAGCACUGGAGAUUGGGUACAGACACAUAGAUACAGCCCGGAGGUAUAAUAAUGAAGCCCAAAUUGGGAGGACAUUGAAGAAAUGGCUUGAUUCUGGAAAAAUCAAGAGAGAAGAUCUUUUUAUUGUGACAAAGCUGCCAUUGACAGGAAACCGAGCAGAAUGUGUGGAGAAGCACCUCAAGCAGUCGCUGCAUGACCUGCAGCUAGACUAUGUUGACUUGUACCUCAUACACCACCCAGUUGGUUUCCAAGAUGUGGAUCCAAAGGAUAAUGGAGAAGAAAUGUUGCUCGAUAUGAAUACUGACCAUGUCAGCUUGUGGAAGGCAAUGGAGGGUCAGGUGGAUGCGGGCCGUGCACGGUCUAUUGGGCUAUCCAACUUCAACGCGAGGCAGGUGAAGCGUGUCUGGCAGUCGGCGCGCAUCAAGCCUGCCAACCUGCAGGUGGAGCUGCACGUCUACUUCCAGCAGAGCCAGCUGCGCGCCUUUUGCCGGGCCCUCGACAUCACCGUCUGUGGCUACAUCCCACUGGGGGCACCAGGUAUGCGGCCUCCUGGCCGUGCGGCCAUCACUGUGGAUACUAGCAAACAGCCAAAGCGAGACCAGCUGACUAACCCAGUGGUUUCACAAAUCGCGCAGAAGUAUGGGAAGACAAAUGCUCAGGUGCUGUUGCGCUACAUCAUACAACUCGGCGUGGCGGCCAUACCCAAGAGCACCAACCCGGACCGCCUCCGGCAGAACUUUGAUGUGUUCGACUUUGAGCUGUCUGCGGAAGACAUGGACGCACUGGAGCAGCUGGAUAAGGGACCAGCUGGGCGGCAAGUCCGAGCCUUCAUUCCAGAAAUGGCAAACCAUCCAGAAUACCCAUUCAAUGCACACUACUAGUUCAGAGAGAACAGCAUGACUGGCAUGCAAGCAAGGACAUCUCUCUUCUGAAGAUUCUGGACCUGUCUGAGGUAAAGCACGC